AUGGGGCUCCUGUCGUUAACUCCCACGUUCACCCAAGGCUUCAUUCUGGGACAAGUAUCCGUUCUAGUGUUCCUUGGCUACGUUCUGCGCUAUCUUUUCUUCGACACAACGGGGCCUCAACCCGUGUCUACUGGUGAUGACGAUAGCCAGGAUGAUCAAGCCGAGGGCGAGCCGAGCGAUUUGCCCAACUUGUUUAACCACAAAGCCCAACGCUUACACUUGGAAGACCAUGAAGGGGCACACUUGGGCAUGCCUGAUUACGUUCAAAAGCUUCGGGACAGUUCGGAAAGUCUUGAAUGGCUCAAUUUCUUGCUUGCACGUAUUGCCCAAUCAUACCGUGAGGCUUUACGCCGGGGCCCACCAAUGAGUGGUGGAGAUGAAGUGGCGAGGAUGAGGAUCGAAAGAUGGUCUCCCGUAAAGGUUCAUUCUGUAUCAUUGGGGACUUCGGCGCCUAAAUUGUCCAACGCUCGUGUUGUUCGUUCUUCUGAAACAGGCGAAGCGAUUAUAAAUUUUGACCUACUAUAUACGGAUACCCUAUCGAUGACACUCUCUACUUCGUUCCUCUUUAAUUAUCCAUCCGUCUCAUUUGCACGUUUGCCAAUUUCUCUUUCUAUUUCACUCUCCCUAUUUUCUGCCGUAGUAACCAUAUCCCCACCAACCUUCGAUACGCCCUCCUUCACGCUUUCGCUUCGGCCCGACUUCUCCCUAUCACUCACACAGUCCUCACUCAUGGGCUCGCGCGCCAAACUAUCGGAUGUGCCGAAAGUGCACCAGAUGAUCGCAGACAGAAUUAAAGCGGCGUUCUUGGCUAAGGCCAAGGCUUACCGAGUUGCCCUACCCGGGACCUGGGAGCACAGCGACGUCUUAGGCAAAGAGAACACGGGACUUGAUGUGUAUGUCGAAUCUUAG